GCACCGCCGCCUCCCGCCGCUCCGGGCAUCCUCAUCGGCGACCGGCUCUACUCCGAGGUGUCGCUGACCAUCGACCACUCGCUGAUCCCCGAGGAGCGGCUCUCACCCACCCCGUCUAUGCAGGACGGGCUGGACCUGCAAUGCGAGACCGACCUGCGCAUCCUGGGCUGCGAGCUCAUCCAGGCGGCCGGCAUCCUGCUGCGGCUGCCGCAGGUGGCCAUGGCGACGGGGCAGGUKCUGUUCCAUCGGUUCUUCUACUCCAAGUCCUUCGUCAAGCACAGCUUCGAGAUUGUUGCUAUGGCCUGCAUCAAUCUCGCGUCAAAAAUCGAAGAGGCGCCUCGCCGGAUAAGGGACGUGAUCAACGUGUUCCAUCACUUGCGGCAGUUAAGAGCAAAAAGGACUCCAAGCCCCCUGAUACUUGAUCAGAACUACAUAAACACCAAAAAUCAAGUAAUCAAAGCAGAAAGGAGGGUACUGAAGGAGUUGGGAUUUUGUGUUCAUGUCAAGCAUCCUCAUAAGAUCAUUGUUAUGUAUUUACAAGUCCUAGAAUGUGAACGUAAUCAAACCCUGGUACAAACAGCCUGGAAUUACAUGAACGACAGCCUCCGGACGAACGUGUUYGUUCGCUUCCAGCCGGAGACCAUCGCGUGUGCGUGCAUUUACCUCGCUGCUCGAGCCCUGCAGAUCCCCCUUCCUACUCGGCCCCACUGGUUCCUGCUCUUUGGCACCACGGAAGAGGAGAUUCAGGAGAUCUGCUUAACAACRCUGAAGCUUUAUACCAGAAAGAAACCCAAUUAUGAAUUYCUGGAUAAAGAGGUAGAAAAGAGGAAAAUGGCACUACAGGAAGCAAAACUGAAGGCAAAAGGUUUAAAUCCAGAUGGAACUCCAGCRCUCUCAACACUGGGUGGCUUUUCUCCUGCAUCCAAACCAUCUUCCCCAAGAGAAGUAAAAGCUGAGGAAAAAUCUCCMGUGUCUGUGAAUACCAAAACUGUUAAAAAAGAGCCAGAAGAGAGGCAGCAAACCUCCAAGAGCCCUUACAAUGGGCUGAGGAAGGAGAGCAAGAGGAGCCGGAGCAGCAGAAGCGCCAGUCGGUCCCGCUCCCGGACAAAGUCACGCUCCCGCUCCCACACUCCCCGCAGGCACUACAACAACCGGCGCAGCCUGUCGGGCACCUACAGCUCCCGCUCGCGGAGCCGCUCGCGCAGCCACAGCGGGAGCCCCCGGCGGCACCACAACCACGGCUCGCCCCACGCCAAGGCCAAGCACGGCCGCGAGGAGCUCAAGGGCGCCAACAGRCACGGCCACAAGCGGAAAAAGUCGCGCUCCCGCUCGCAGAGCAAAUCCCGGGAGCACUCGGAGGCGGCCAAGAAGCACCGGCACGAGCGGAGCCACCACCGGGAGCGGCGCGAGCGCUCGCGCUCCUUCGAGAGGUCCCACAAGGGGAAGCACCACGGCAGCGGCCGCUCGGGGCACGGCCGGCACCGGCGCUGAGCCCGGGGCUGCACGGCCCUGGGAGCCACGGACUGCGGGCACGGCACCGGGCUGGGCUCGGCUGCAUCACUGCGGCCUCCAGCCUGCUUUCUGAAAGGUGUAGAAGACUUUUUUUCUUUUGGGAAAGAAAACUGUUACCAACUUUUGCACAUAAUACCUUAGCAGUAUCCCAGAGGUGGCAAACGAUCAGGUUCACUGUAUGUAUUGGAGUUGUGUAUUGUUUAUUGAGCUGAGAACUGGAGAAAGGAUUUCUGUAAAAAAAGCAAAACGUACCUUAUUUUUAUACCAGUCAAUUGCAGACGCUUAUAUUUAAGUAUAGUUAUUUGUUUAAACAUGGUGGAGACUUUCUUACACUGGUUUUAGUCUGCAUGUGUUCAAAGAUUUUUACAAGAAAUAAAAUAUAAAGCUUUUUUUUUUUA